CAAGAGGUUUAAGCGUGUCCCCUACAUAAGGCGCCCCGAUUUCGAACCGUCUUUGUUUUUGCCGGCUCUGCAACCAACAAAGCUUCAAAUCUCCGACAAUGGCGUCUCUGCAACUCGCCUUUUCUCCACGACAGAGAAUCUGAACUCUCUGGGUUCCGGUCUCACGGCUUCGCUGUCUCUGAAAGCGAUCUCUAAUGUCCGCUUCCGAGUGAGCUGUAACAUUUUCAGAUAAAAAAAGAUAGCCAAGUAGAAGAUCAAGAGUUCUUCCCCACCCCCCUUCGUCUCUGUCUCUCUCCUUCUUUUCGUUCUAUCUCCUUUAAAUCCUAUCCUGCUUUCGUUGAUUUGUGAAGCUUCAGAUCUUGCACUCAUGAAACUUUUUAAGGCUCAGGUUUCCUUCUAGCGUUCUCUGCGUACAAUCUCUCUCUAGCUGUAGUUUUUGUUCUUCUCUAUUUCUUUUCUGGUUUUUAAAUGUUAGGGUUUUUGCUUCAGUAAUGGCUGUUUUAGAUGCUGUUCGGGAUCAAGGAAGCAAUGGCUUGGAAAUAGAACUAGUUCUUUUCUAAUUCUAUUCGUGUUAGAAUCUGAUCAAUAUCUAGGGUUUCACUCCAGAAAUACUCUUUUACGGUCUUCGGUUUGUGAAGCAAUGGCCUACUCAUUUCAUUACUCGUCGGCCAAAAACAGGUUCCAUACGGCGAUCUGGACCGUGAAACUGGGCUUCCUGCUUUUUGGGAUUGUUUCGACCGCUCUUUUGUUGAAGCGUGCGAUCCCCUACUCCGUCAAUCUCUUCAUCUCUUCGCUCCCUCGUCUAUGGAUCUCGUUCCAGAGAUGGCUGGCUCGUCCUUAUCUCUUUGUCGUUUUCAAUUUUAUAAUCAUAGUCAUUGCAGCUUUGUCUAACUUCCAACAGAAGCUCUUGGACAAGAGCGGAAGUGAAGAAGCUGAGAGUAGACCGGAGAAGCAGAGGCGGAAGGCUUCGCAAGGAGUUUGGUUGGAGAUUAACGAAAUGGAAGAAAUGCAAGUGGAGCCAGACGAGAAAAGAAUGGUUUUUGUUGAAAAAUCCGGUGAGUCAUCACCGGGGGGUUGGUCGGAUGUGUCCUGUGUGACCGAUUCUGACGGGAAAUCGGGGCUGAACUCCUCGGCCUCUUCCGCCAUUGUAAAAAGAACGGGGACCUACCUGAAAACCGCCAGAAACACUGCGACGGAGUCAAAGCCUUUGGGACAUCCAGGGCGCGUUGUGAAGGCGACGGUGGAGAAGAAGGUGAGAAGUAUAGGGAGCGAGGCAAAACGGGAGGAGAACGACACGUUGGAUGCAACGUGGAAAUCGAUCGCAGACAGACGGAAUCCGACUGCACGACAGUUGAGAAAGAGUGACACGUGGGACACGCCACCUCGAGUGGUGGUCGGAGCAGAGUCGGAAUCAACGGUGACGACGACUGGUGGACGGCAGCUAAGGAAGUCAGAGACGUUCAAUGACACUGCGUCGUCAGCGUCAUCCGCUUCGUCUGGGUCGGAUUCUUCGCGGAGGAGUGGGGGACUGAGGAGGGAGGUAUUAAUGAGUCAUGACGAUUUGAAUCGGCGAGUUGAAGCGUUCAUUGAGAUGUUCAGACUGCAGAGGCAGGAGUCAUACAGGCGUUAUUUGGAGUCUGAGACGGUCCAUCGAAGAAUCUAUUGAAUGGAAGAGAGAGAAUUUUUGAACUUACAAAAAAGGGUCUCAUAUGCUAUUUUUUUUACCCUUUUGUUCUUCUUCUCUCUUCUCUCUUCUCUCUCUUUCUCUCAUAGAGAAGAUAAUCCCACAUCUGCAGGACCCGUUUUUAGGUAGGAUGGUAGAUAAUGCCCGAAAAUUUUACUUUUUCAAGUGGAUUCUAUUCUAUGGAAGAAUUUUCAUUUUGGAUUGAUAGAUGGAUGAUGGUUGGAGCUUUUGAAUUGAAGACCUUCAUAUUACUGUAAAAAGGGCACGAAAGCAGCAGCUGAUGCUGUAUUGGUGUGGAUGAUGCAGUUACAGUUUUUGAGAAGGCCCCGUCUCUAAUUGUGAUGUCUGGUCUGGUGUAUUUGAGCUGUCCGUCUGCUGAUGAUGAUGUAAGUUAAUGAAUGCGACCCUCUAUAGUUUUAUUGGAUGUUCGUUCUGAGUGUUCUCACUUUCUUUCUCUGAUGUCUGAACUCAAUCUAUCAAUCCUUUGCUUUCAUUGUGUGUGAUAUUGAAAA